UAUUGUGGUUUCAGGACGAUGGAAAACUACACCUACAACAGUUUGAUGCUACAGAUGGAGAGACUAAAUAUCUCUGAGGAUUACGUUCAUGCCAUCUUUGUCGUUGUCUUUUUCACCUACAUGUUUAUUAUGGUGGCAAACGCAGGCAUCACACUUCUGAUUUUUAUCAAUAAGAACCUUCACCAGCCCAUGUUUCUGCUUUACUGUAACCUGUCACUUAACGACAUCCUGGGAAACUGUGUCGCGAUACCACGUUUACUCUCAGACAUGUUGAUGUCCACAUCUGAACGCAUCAUUAAUUAUAACGAGUAUGUCAUCCAAGCAUUCGUUGUGCACUUAAGCGCAACUGCUGCUCACACUGUGCUCAUGAUUAUGGCUUUUGACAGAUACAUGGCCAUCUGUAAUCCUCUUCACUACACGAGUAAGAUGGUGUUGAAGCUGUCACUCUCUGCCUGGGGAGUGGGUUUUGUUCUGGUCGGGAUUCUGAUCGGUCUGUCUGUCCGACUCAACAGAUGCAGGACUCUGAUCACAAAUCUUGUCUGUGACAACGCCUCACUGUUCAAACUAUCCUGUGACAGUGUCUUCAUCAGUAAUGUCUACGGUCUCACCUUCACUGCCGCCUUAUUUACAUCUUCUAUCAGCAGCAUUGUUCUCACGUACACUAAGAUUGCAGUCGUCUGUCUGACAACUAAGAACAACUCUCUGAACAAGAAGGCCUUAAAGACCUGCAGCACUCAUCUCACCGUCUAUCUGAUCAUGUUCAUUUGUGGAAUGAUGAUCGUUGUCCUGCAUCGCUUCCCACAGUUCUCUUAUUACAGGAAAGUCUGUUCCAUUUUGUUAUAUAUGAUCCCAAGUAGCCUCCAGCCCAUCAUUUAUGGAAUACAAUCAGAAGAAAUUCGCAAAUCUCUGUUGAAAUUAUUCAGAAAUUUAACUUUUUGGCAUGAGAAUGAAGCAUUUUGUGAUUAA